CAUUCUCUCUCUAAUCAAGAUUUUCUAGAGAGAGAGAAAGAAUAUACACACAUAUAUAUAUAGAGAGAGAGAGAGAGAGUAAUCAUUUUGCUUCAUAAAAUAAGAGAAAAUGGGAGGUUGUGCGACCAAGCCAAAGGUGUCGAAAGGCGAUGAACCAGAGGCUUCGCCUCCUGUUUCGAAGGAGGAGGUAGAGGAAAAAGAGGUGGCGACAGUGGGAGAAGUGGCGGCUAAGGAUGAAGGGGUGGUGAUUGAUAACGAUACCAAGCGUCAAUCCCUUGGUUUUCUAUUCGAGAACGACGGGAAGCUGGAAUCAAGUGAAAGCGAUAAAUCAACUAAUGAACUAGUAGACCUAACAUCAUCUGAAACCAGACAAGCUUCUGAUGUACUGGCCGAAGCUAAGCCUCAAGAAAACGUGCACGUAAAAUCUUCAGAGCUGGUUGCUUCUACUGAGCCCUCGAAUGAAAAGAAAGAAAUUGUAAAACCAACUGCAGACAGUUUAGAAACUGAACCAUCUGAGACGAUAAAAGAAGUGAAAUCAGUGGAGAAUGCAAAGGUCGAUACACUAGAGGAAAAGAGACCGGAGGAGAAACCUAUCACGCCUGAUCAGACAAACAGUUUAGAAACUGAAACAUUGCAGAAGGUAACAGAAGAUAAACAAGUGGAUACUAAGGCUGAAACAGCUGAGGAAAAGAAAAUCGAAGAUAAACCUAUUACGUCUGAUUAGAAGACAGAGAAGUGAACGGGGGAUGUGCUGUGAAGAAUGGCUAUGAAGAUUAAGAAACUUUGAUUCGAGUAAUUUAGAUAAAUUCUUUCUUGUUAUAUGAUAAAAAGGAUGUUCAAGUGCUAAGAGGUAUGUAUAAGUCAGCAAUGGAAGAUUAUUAACAAAUUUGAAGGAUGCAGACAACCUUCUGCCAUUAUAGAAUUAAGUAACUUAUUAUGGCAUAUAUUAUUGCUUUGUUUCUUCC